AUGGCUGCUGCUGACCCCAUCCUGCCCCCUGAGGAGGUGGCUUUGCUGGAGCUGGGGAAGGUGGCCCUGGCCGCCCCCCUGGACAAGGUUCCACCAGCCCCAGAUGAACACCUGGGGCACCCUGAUGCCACCCUGCCAUGGGACCAGUGCCAGCACAGCACCCAGGGCCAGCUGGAGCCUGUGGAGACGAAGAGGCGCUCAAGUCCCGAAGGGGGCCGCGAAGACCCUGAGGAGGCUGCUCUCACCUGCCCCCCAGCUGAGGCCGAAGACGAGGAAGGCCUUGGGCUGCCCGUGGUGGCGGCCCACGUCUUUGUGCCCAUUGACCUGCAGUGCAUUGAGCGGACACCCGGCAAGCAGAAGAAGCAACCUGACCCAUGCCCCCAGGAUGAGGGCAAGGGGGGCUACAUCCUCCACAGCGACAGACCCAACAGCCUCUGCCAGAAGCAGGUCUUCCUUCCCAUCAGCCCCUCACGCUACAGGGACCCGCUGGGCUUUGAGGGGCGAGUGGGCAAGCCACUGACCGAGGGGCCACGGUGCCCGUGCGCCAGGGACUGUGGUGCCGGCAACCUCAAGGCUGUGGCCUCAGUGGCAGUGGCCCUGCUCCUCUGCCCCUGCCUCGUUUACGGGGCCUACGUCUUCCUGCCUUUUGAUGCCCCGCUGCUGCCCACCGUCAGCGCCCGCCUGGUCUACACACUCCGCUGCGCCGCCUUUGCCACGUUCCCCAUCAUUCUGGGGAUGAUCGUCAGUGGCAUCUCCCGCCUCUGCUCCUCACAACUGGAGCCCUUUGGGGAGCUACAGCAGGAGGUGGAGCUCCACCGCACCUACGUCUCCCAGUCUGUCCAUCUCUUCAUCCUCUACUUCUUCAACAUGGCUGUGCUGGCCACCUACCUCCCACAGGAGGUCCUCAAGCUCAUCCCCCUGCUUACGGGGCUUUUUGCCAUCUCCCGGUUGAUUUACUGGCUGUCAUACGCCAUUGGGCGCUCCUUCCGUGCCUUUGGCUUCUGCAUGACCUUCCUGCCCCUCCUAGCCAUGCUACUCUGGAACCUUUACAGCAUGUUUGUCCUGGAGCCUGAAAAACUCCUUGCUGUGGCAGCACCAAAGCCUGAGGACCGCUCCAAGGACAGUGGAGCCAAACUCCGGUACUGGGGGUGA